AUGGACGUAUUUGGUGGUGCACCACGCUUCCUGGCAUAUCCCAGGCCAGUGGGGGUACAGAGUGGGACCAAUGCAGUCCUGAAGUGUCAGAUUGGUGGAGAUCCCAGACCAGCAGUCAUAUGGGAGAGGAACAAUGAGAAGAUCGACCCACAAGGACGAUACCGUGUCUUUGAGGAUGGGAACAUUUAUAAUCUGAUCAUAACCGCCGUCACUAUCGAGGAUAGUGGUCAGUAUAUGUGCAAAGCAAAAAACAGUAUUGGUGAAACGUACGCAGCGGCCACACUGAAGGUUGAAGGCGAGGCACAAGAGCUGGAGUUAAGAGAGGAGAACAAACCACGAUUCCUCAUCAAACCUCUAUCCACUCGAGCCGGUCGUGGAGAAGAUGCAGUCUUCUCCUGUAAGCUCUGGGGAAGUCCACGACCAGAGGUGACCUGGGAGAAGGACGGCAGAAAACUCAGUGAAAUAUUUGAAAGCACUCACUUCAGUGUAAGUUACCAGGAUGGAGGAUGGUUCCAGUUAAAGAUCUUCAAGACUCGCGCACCAGACGGCGGCGUGUACACGUGUAAGGCGAGGAACGACUUUGGCGAAGCGUUGGCGGGAGCCGUGUUGCUCGUGGACGCGGGCCCCGGACACGAGGAAGACGGAAACCGCAACGGCUACACAAAUGGACACAGGAAAGCUCACCAAGGAAAACAGAGGAUUAGCAGGCAGAAUCUCAAUCAAAACAAAGACCAGACAACAACCAAGUCGACAAGAGUGAAAAUGUUUGCGGUGACAGAGGGUAAACAUGCAAAAUUCCGUUGUUUUGUGACAGGAAAACCCAAACCAGAGAUCAUUUGGAGAAAAGACGGAAGGCUAAUACUGUCUGGAAGGCGGUAUUUGUUAUACGAGGAUCGAGAAGGAUACUUUACACUCAAGGUUCUGUACUGUAAGCAGAAGGAUAACGGUGUCUAUGUCUGUGCCGCCUCAAAUACAGCAGGCCAAACCCUCAGUGCUGUACACCUCUCAGUAAAGGAGCCACCUGUGCGGUUCAAGCAGCCCCUCAUCGAUCUGGAGGUAUGGGAGCAGGACUUAGCUGUUCUUGAGUGUGAAGUUCCAGAAGACUCUGUCCCAAUCACAUGGUACCUGGAGGAUCGACGACUACAGCCAGGAGCCAAAUAUGGAAUGGAAGAGUGGGGAACAAAACGCAGACUCACGAUCCGUGACAUUGGAGUAGAUGAUGACGGGAUUUAUCUGUGCGAAAUGCCUGAUGGUGGACGAAGCAUCGCUGAGGUAGCAGUGAAAGGUCCAAUUAUGCGGAAACUUCCAAGGAAAGUUGAUGUUUUGGAAGGUGAAAAUGCUGCAUUUUGUGUUGAAGUGGAAAAAGAAGAAAUGGACAUACACUGGUACAAAGAUGGUGUGGAGCUGCGUGAAACGCAUCAGACAAUCUUGAAGUCCUUUGGUCGAACUCAUAUUCUGGUUUUCGUCAACACGAUGCCCCAAGACUCGGGCUUUGUGACUUUCUUUGUGGGGAGAUCCAAGACUUCCGCUCAGCUCAGAGUGAAGGCGGCCAAACAUUGUCCUCCUAGUUGUCCAGUGGGAGUGCAGAUCAACACAGAGCGGGCAAAUGCAGCACUUCUUUCGUGGACUUCAGCCCAGGACUCACGCAAGAACCCUCCGUCCGGUUAUGUUUUGGAACGACAGGAAGUGGGCACGGGUUCACAGGAGUGGCUACAGUGUCUGACCACUGACUCUGCCACAUCGGUGGAGAUCCUUGGUGAUAGCGUGCCUUGUGAGGCGGAUUAUCGAUUCCGUAUUUGUAGUGUCAACAAAUAUGGAAAGAGCAACAAUGUGGAGUUCCCUAGAGCAGUGCACUUGGUUCCAGUAGCCAGGAUACAAACCCCAUUACAGGACGCACUUGUUCCAGAAGGACAAGAUGCAGUCUUUACCAUUGAAUUAUCUGCAUCUGUUAUUGGCUCGUGGUUUUUAAAUGGCACACAGCUUCAGGACGACGAGCGUUUUUCCAUGCGUCGCUCGAGAACACACCAGUCUCUUCGGAUCCAAGGGGUUCGCGACACCGAAAAUGGAGCUGAAAUAACAUUUAUUGCAUACGGCAUACGAGAUUCGGCCGCGCUGUAUAUUCAAGCUCCUCUCGUCAAGUUUUCACUGCUGUCAGAAAUGGAUCGAAACAAAUUUGUUGAAAUUGGGAACCCCAUCGUGCUCUAUUGCGAGCUCUCGGACCCGGCGGCUCCAGUGCACUGGUACAAGAACGGGGUGGAAUUACAGACAACAGAUGGUCUUCACAUCCAGUCAGAGGGUACCAUGAGGAGGAUUGUCAUCCUGUCAGCAGAGUUCUCACAUUCCGGAGUGUAUUGCUGCGAUGCCAUUGAUGAUGUCAUAAGGUUCAAUGUGGAAGUUGAGGCCCCACCUGUAACGUUUGCCGACAUCCCAAAGGAGGAACUUUUCAAGAGCAUGGUGGAGAAAUCCCAGCUCAGCCUGUCCUGUGAAGUGUCGAGGGUCGAUGCUGUUGUCCAGUGGUACAAGGACGGAGCUGAAAUCCAGCCGAGUAGAGAUAUUACCAUCCGAGCUGAAACAACAAAGAGACAUAUCGCAAUUGAGUCAGCCCAGCUGUCUGAUUCGGGCAUGUACACAUGCCGUGCAGGAGACAACACUGUAAUGUUCAAGGUCAACAUUCGAGAACCUCCAGUGAUGAUCGUAUACCCCAAGGAAGAUGUCCACCUUGACCGUCACGUACCUGAGGAAAUUAUUCUCAGCUGUGAACUGUCCCGUCCAAAUGGAGUGGUAAGCUGGUACAAAGAUGGCCAAAAGCUCCAAAAGAGCGAGAAUAUCAAACUGAAGGUUGAAGGCCCUUACCGACGACUCAAGAUUCUGAAGAGUGGAGUUGAUGAUUCUGGAGAAUACGUUUGUGAUACAGCUGACGAUUCAAUAUUCUUUAAUCUCACUAUUACAGAACCUCCAGUGAAGAUUGUAUCACCUAGUCAGUCCCAAAUGGAACUGUGCCAGCAGAUGUCAGAGAGGAUGGUACUCAGCUGCGAGAUCUCCCGGCAAAAUGCAAUGGUCCGUUGGUACAGAGACGGUCUCGAGGUAGAGGAGAGCGACAAUCUCAUACUGGAGGUAGAUGGUGUCUAUAGACGGCUCAUUAUACCUGAAACCACUGUAAAAGAUUCCGCUGAAUAUGUCUGUGACACAACAGAUGACUCCAUGACGUUCUUUGUAAAUAUAGCCGAGCCCCCUGUCCGCUUUGUCCGUCCACGAAAGAUAGUGAGCAGACUUGAAAAAAUGGUUGGCGAAACUUUGGUUCUGGACUGUGAGGUCUCUAGACCGAACGCUGUGGUUUUCUGGAAGAAAAACAGAGAAGAAGUGGAAGAUUCCAAAAAUGUCACCGUUGUUGAAGACGGUGUAGUGCGUCAAUUAACUGUUCACUCACUGACUGCAGAAGAUGCGGGUACAUAUGUCUGUGAUGCCAAAGAUGAUGUGAUGGAUUUUCACGUUAAAGUGAAAGAGUUGCCCGUACAAAUAAUUGGGAAAACCAAUGCAAAAACAGAAAAGCAAUUCCUAGUGUCUGAUGACAUUAUUCUAGUGUGUGAACUGUCCAGACCAAAUGCAUCUGUCAGUUGGUACAAAGGCGAUCAACCAUUUGACAACACUGAGCGUUACUGUAGUGAAGAGCAAGGUGUUUUCCGAUCAUUGGUCGUCCUAAACGCUUCGCUCGAGGAUUCGGGAGAGUACACGUGUGAUGCAGUGGAUGAUAAGAUGGUUUUCCACAUCACAGUCACAGAGCCUCCAGUCAAGAUUGUUGGAAAUUCUGGCCACCCAGAGCAUCACAUAUUAGUAGCGGGAGAAGAACUUAUUUUAGAGUGUGAGGUGUCUCGGCCAAAUGCCACCGUUCGGUGGCUCUGGAAUGACAAGAUACUGAAACCAGACACCCGCGUUACAAUUUACAGCCAUGACAUCAUGAGGAAGCUUAUUCUCUCUAGACUUCAGCCGUCGGACUCCGGAAAAUAUGUUUGUGAUGCAGCAGAUGACAAGAUGAUCACAAUUGUUGAUGUCCAGGCACCCCGUGUUGUGGAGUUCAUAGCAGAACUCCGUAACAUCACGGUUCGCGAAGGGGAAGACGCAGUUUUUAAGUGUGUGGUUUCACCAGCGGACACUCAGUUGGUGUUUUGCCUGAAUGGCAAACAGGUAGCCUGGAAUGAACGCACUGAUGUUUCCAGCAAUGGACUCUGCCACAUGCUCCGUAUCUGCAACUGCAUGGUUUCAGAUAGCGGCAUAGUGACAGCUGAUGCGGAGGGAUUGAUAUCAAAGGCUGAACUCAGAGUUCAAGAACAGCAGGUGAUGUUCACUAAAAAGAUGACAGCGGUUACAGCUGAGGAAUACGGCGAGGUGACCCUCCAGGUCGAGGUGAGCCUCGAUUCGAGGGAAGUGCAAUGGAUGAGGCAAGGGGUGCUGCUCCACCCUGGGGCCAAGUACACUCUGAAAAACAAGGGCCAUAAACAUAGCCUUACCAUCCACAAACUGGCCAUGUCCGACCGGGGCACCUACAGCUGCGAGACCCUUCAUGACUGCACGCAAGCUCAGCUCACGGUGGAACCUCGAAAAAUCACAAUCAAGAAGGGGGUGACGGACAUAAAAACCAUGGAGAGAGAGACGGCCUCCUUUGAGGUCGAACUGUCACAUCCCAAUGUCGCCGGCACCUGGUGGAGAAAUGAAAACCAGCUUAAACUGACAAAUCACUUUCGCAUGAGCGCCAAGGGACGAGUCCACAGCUUGACUAUUUCCAACCUCUCGGUGGAAGACUCAGCCACCUUCAUGUUCUGUGUGGAGAAGCUGAAAACAUCAGCGAGGCUUGUUGUCAAGGAACCUCCAGUAACAAUUUUCAGAAAAUUAGAGGACCAGAAAAUCCCUGAGGGAUCAGUUGUCUCCAUUGAGUGUGAACUGUCAAGGCACAAUGUGGACGUUAAAUGGAUGAAGAAUGGCAGCGAGUUGAAGCCUGGCAUGAAUGUGCGCAUUUAUGCCAUUGGCAGGAAGCGAUUUCUUCAGAUCACCAAAUGUCUUCUGAGUGAUUCUGGCAUGUACACCUGUGAUGCCGGAGAAGUGGCUACAAGCGGGACUGUGGAGGUCUAUGAACGGGAGCUGCUGGUCGUGCAGGGUCUUGAGGAUUUAAGCAUCGCAGAAGAUCAGAAUGCCGUAUUUGUUUGUGAGAUCUCAGUGGAAGACGUGCCAGGACAAUGGUACAAAAACGGAGAGAUGAUUCAUCCGACCAGUACCAUCAAGACCCGACAGGAAGGGACCAAACACUUUCUCCUCAUGUGCAAUGUGCGACCAGAGGACUCUGGGGAGAUCAAAGUUGUUGCCAGACAUAUAGAGUCUGUUGCUAAGCUGCAGGUGAAAGAGAUUCCCCUCAGCAUCGUGAAACCUCUGCAGGAUAAAACCGCCCUGGAGAAGAGCCGAGUGAUGCUGGACUGCACCGUGUCCAACCCGCGAUGCAGCAUCCGCUGGUACAAAGGCAGCAACGUCAUCCUGCCCUCGGAACGCUUCGAGAUCAGCAGCGAGGGCUGCUAUCGCAAACUGAUUAUCCAGCAGGUGGCGCUAGAUGACGAGGGCACCUAUAGCAUGCAGGUCGGGGAGAACACGUGCUCGGCGAAACUCACAGUGGAGGCUCAAACUGUGCUAAUGGUCCGAGAACUGCGAGACGUGGAGGUCGUAGCCCCCAGUGAAGCCUGCUUCGAAUGCGAGGUGUCUGACCCCGUCCAGAAGCUGCCAAUGUGGACCCUAAACGGGGAACCUCUGCAGCCCGGGGCCCAGGCGUGCCUGGAGAAGCUGGGCACAGUCCACAGGCUGACCCUCAAGCAAACCUCCAUGAGCAUGAGCGGAGCGGUGGUGUUCACUUGUGGAAAAGCAGAGAGCACAGCUCAUCUCCAGGUGUUGAGUGGUCCGUGAGUGACAUCGACUGUCGUCAACCUUCAGACUUAUUUUCAUCUAGUGAAAUUACUUUUGUCCUUGUCUACACUGUUGCCUUUGUAAGUGUUAAGUGG